AUGAAGCACGUUGUAUACUUGGGAAUCCUGAAAAAUCUUAUUGAGUGGCUGGGGGACUUCCUCAAGGACCAUAGUCGGUUGGAUGAAUUCAACGCCUUAUGGACGAGCAUGCCACCUUACCCAAGAUUUACCCCACCGACGAAGCCUUAUCAAGCGGUCAGUCAAUGUCAGGGGAAAGAGAUGCCCAACUUUCAGAAAACAAUCCUACCAGCCCUGGUGUCUGCCCUCAGAAAUCUUUCUUCUACCCAGGCAGAGCCAUUCAAGAAAACAUUUCAAUGCGUACGGGCAUUGGUCGACUGGGGACUAGUCAUCCAAUAUGGGUCUCAUAACGAGUUGAUGAUAGACAUGUUGGAAAGCUAUCUCAUUGCUUUCCAUAGGACGAACUUGAAGGAUAUCUUCAGGAAAUAUCGCGCGACUAGAGAGACUGACAGACUUGUGGCAGAACGACGGAGGGAAUUGCGCGAGGAAUAUGAUAUUGAGUUGGUGUAA